AUGGAGGCCUUCACCACCACCCACGCCUCCCUCUUCAGGAACCCCGCAGAGGAUGCAGUUCCGUCUUAUGUGCUCUACAGCCCACAAGGUUCAAAGCCGCUCGCUGGUCUGCAGGUUGAGGGAGGAUCUAUCAGUCGCUACUACGACAAGGAAACCAGGUCGCAGCUGAUUCGCGCCUCGCCCUCCGCCCACAUCUCAUUUCUGCGCACCACCUCGUCGCGUGUGGGAGGCAGCAGCAUCAGCGGGAAUGGUGGCGGUUUGUCGGCUGCAUCACAGCGUGUGGUUAUCUUGCAGAUAUGCUGUGAGGAGUCGGCACGCACUGUGUUUUCCCUCACGGUGGAGUUGACGCUGCAGGAUAAGCUGGGCCGACAUCGCCUUGUAUUUAGUAACACCUUCCAGAAGCUGCAGCGUUGCGCGCAGCAUGUAAAGGUACCGCUGCGUUGCGUUGCCCCAGGGGUGUGGUCAAACAUCGUUCUCGAUGUGCCUCAGAUCCAUGCAGCGCUGUUUGCCAGCUCAGGUGGACGUGUCUCCACUGCAGAGACGAUGAAGUCGCGCAAGCUGCUCUCUGUCACUCUCAGCUGCAGCAACAUCUGCCGCAUACGACGGGUUCUUGGUAUGCCGCAGCUCCCUCCGUCACACGGAGACAUGGCAGCGGCGGAGUGGCCCUUGUCACUGCGUCUGCCACCGGAGGUGCCUGCGUGUUUCUGGAUUAUUCGCACGUGCGAGGAGGCGUUUCUGCAGCAGGGAAUUCCAUCAGAUGCUCCCCACCACCGCGUUGAGUCGGUGACGCCCGCGGGCUCCGCCCCAGGCCCCGCUCGACGCCACGCCUGUGCACCACAAACCUCUGCCGCGUCCCGCCCCUGGCGUGCCAUUUCAUGCCUUUUCCGCAGCGUCGGAUGUCGACGCCGGUGCGCUGCAUGA